UUUUGGGCAUGGUUGAUGGUGCAAGGAAGCCAAGUGUUGCUGCUGGCGCUGCUGCCUUUCCAAGGCGCCUUUUAUCUUCUAGUAGCUUCUUCAUGGCUUCUCCCAUCUCCACGGCCCCAGGCUCUGAUACUGAGAUGUUGUGGGCGGCAAAGGCGAUGGUGCAUAUAUUCACGCCACACCAUCUCCUCCUCUUCCUCCUCCCUCCCUCUCUCCACCGACACCUUUUGUUCACACUUCUUCCUCCCCUUCCUCCCUGACUUGCAUUGCAGCUGCAGGCGCCUAUCAACUGAAUCAAGGGUCUUAGGGAGCUGUGCAGUGCAGAUGCCGACCAUAAUCGUCAAGGUGGACCUGGAAUGCAGCCGCUGCUACGCCAAGAUUCAGAAGGUGCUCAACAGGAUCCAAGAGAAGGGUGAGUUCUGCAUCGACGACAUCGAGUACGACGAGAAGAACAACCGGGUGGUCGUCUCGGGGCCCUUCGACGCGGAGAAGCUCGCCGACAAGCUCUGCUGCAAGGCGUGCAAGAUCAUCAAGGAGAUUGAGAUCGUGGAGCCCCCACCGCCGCCGGAGCCCAAGAAAGAUGAGCCCAAGAAAGAGGAGCCCCAGCCCCCGGCGCCGAAGCCGGAGGUCGUGCCGGCGCCUCCGCCGACGGUGGUCGUGGAGCCCCCUCCGCCCUCGCCGAAGAAAGAGGAGCCCAAGAAAGAGGAGCCCAAGAAAGAGGAGCCCAAGCCCCCGGCGCCCAAGGUCGUCGAGAUUCCCUACCCGUGGCCAUACCCGUACCCGUUCCCGGCGUGGCCGUCCGACUGCUGCUGCCACCACGGCCACGGAGGCUGCCACUGCUGCUCCUGCGGCAAGGCCCCCGAACCCGCGCCACCGCCGCCGCAGCCGCAGUACACCCCGAUGCCGCAGUACGUGCCGCAGCCGUAUCCCUGCGGACCCUGCGGCGGCGGCGGCUACCGGAUCGUCUGCGAGGAGGACCCCUCCUACGCCUGCAUCAUCAUGUGAUCAGCACCUUAAUCGCUCCGUUAAUUACUAUACCCCAUCUGGUGUCAUCAUGCACGCAUCCCGUAUAAGUACCGUACAGAUUCAUAUAUACUAGCAUCAUGUAUAUGCACCUUUUUAUACUAUUUCCAUAAUUUGUUCUGCUUAAUUACAAAUCAGAGGAAGUAAAACAAUAAAAAUAAGCAGUGUUGAUUUGUGUAAA